AUGGAAGGCGGUAGGUACACAUGGGAGAAGAGCCGAGGCACCGCGUCGUGGGUGGAGGAGCGUCUGGAUAGGGUGGUAGCCACGGCGGAGUGGUUGGAGAUGCAUGAAGAAGUGGUGGUUCAAAGUGUUUACACUGUAUGUUCGGAUCAUUGUGCGCUGUCGGUCAACUUUGACCCGGAAACUGCCCGAGCAAACUCCCGUUCUUUUAAAUUUGAAGCUGCUUGGCUCUUGGAAGAUGGCUGUGCAAGGGUUGUCGACGAAGCUUGGCGUUUAUCGGCGGGAUUAGGCUUCCAGGAGCGGUUGGCUAUGUGUGGCGAGCGUCUCUGGAAAUGGGGGGGUGAGCAUCACCGGAGGUUUGGCAACCGUAUCCAAACAUUGCGCCGAACCCUGGCUCGAUUGAAGGAGGAUCGCAGUGUCCAGGGCGUGGAGCAGUUCAUGCAUGCGGAGGCUGAGUUGGAAAAUUUACUCACAGCAGAAGAAGUCUUCUGGAAGCAGAGGUCUAAGCAGUUAUGGCUUAAGCACGGGGACGCAAACACAAAGUACUUCCAUAAAUCUGCAACGGCUAGGCGCAAACGUAACCUACUAUCGCGGCUAAAAGAUCCGGAGGGCAAUUGGCAGGAAGGCACGGCUCUAAAUACGGAAAUUCUCAGGUAUUGUGAAGCUAUCUUUUGCUCCGGUGCAAGUAAUGCUGAUCUUUUUCACCAUGUCCGGGAAAGGGUCACUGAUGAGAUGAGAACAUCUCUAUCAUAG